GUGCGGCAAAAUACAAUUAUUCUGUUGAGUAUACUGGGGUUGGAACAUUAAAGGACAGCGAUCCCGCGGUAGGAUUUGCUACACAAAUCGCCAUAUUUCGAGACUUGCGUCCAGACGACAAACCCUUAUUAUCCGAUUUUGGAAGUUAUGGUCAUAUCGAUCAAGUAGUGUUCCCAAUUUAUGAUGAGCCUGAUAAAAGCACGUCCGAGAUUCUUGAAGUUAUUCAUUACUACAUGAAAUUCCUUUGUAAUCCGGUUGUGAGCGAACUCGAAGGACAACGAAAAAAGAACUGUAUUAAAAUUGAUUAUCUUUGGGAUAUACAUCGAAUUAGACAACUUUGUAAAACUAGAGACAAAUUGUUGGAAAUACUUGAUUCCAGCGCAGAUUUUACAUUACUAAACGCAGAUGAGGUGCUUGCACAUAUAGAAUAUAAACUUGAUUCACCAAAAAAUGAAAACGACGAACAUGAUUGGCACACAAACGAUUCAUCAGAAGUGGAAUCAAAUUGGAAUGCUGAUGACAAUGAUAGUGAAUGGUAUUAUGACUACAGAAAUGACGAUUUGGAAAAUGGAAAAUGGUCUUAUGAAGAUACAUUUUCUGGAGAUAGUCAGCAUUUGCAAUCAAAUUGGGACAACUGA